CGCUUGAAGAUGCAUCAUAAAAAAAAAUCGACAGUAGAACUCUCGGCUAUGUUUAAUAGUGAAAUUAAGAGCAUUUCCACGUGCACAAUGCGACAAGAACUUACAGGAUUAGGACUAAACAGAUGUGUGACCACAAGAAAGCCACUUGUUAGUGAGGCUAAUCGGAAAAAACUACUUCAAUUAGCUAGGGAGCAUAAAGAUUGGACUGUGGAGCAAUGGAAAAAGGUCAUGUGGUCUGAUGAGUCCAGAUUUAGCCCUACUUCAAAGCGAUGGGCACGUCAGGGUAAGAAGGGAAACGCAUGAAGCGAUGCAUCAGUCAUGCAUAGUACCCACUAUACAAGCUUCUGGAGGUAGUGUUAUGAUCUGGGGUUGCUUCAAUUGGUCACGUCUAGGCUCAGCAAUGUUAUGCGGCAAUAAAAUGAAGUCAGCUGACUACCUGAAUGUACUGAAUGACCAGGUUAUCCCAUCAAUGAAUUUUUUCUUCCCUGACGGCAUGGCCAUAUUCCAGGAUGACAAUGCUGAGAUUAUCAGGCUCAAAUUGUGAAAGAGUGGUUCAGGGAGCAUGAGGAAUCAUUUUCACACAUCAAUUGGACAUCACAGAGUCCAGACCUUAACCCCAUUGAAAAUCUUUGGGAUGUGCUGGAGAAGACUUUGAGUGGUUUGACUCUUCCAUCAUCAAUACAAGAUCUCAGCCAAAAAUUAAUGCAACUCUGGAUGGAAAUAAAUGUUGUGACGUUGCAUAAGGUUGUUGAAACAAUGCCAUGACAUUUCAAUUCUAAAUAAAAAGGUCACUUUUUUUAUUUUAUUUAGAUACGCCUAAAUGUGUUCUUUUUAUGUUUGGACAGCAGAUAUGUUCAUAUAAUAAGAGCAAAAAGUCAUUUUUAGUUUUAGUUUUUUAUUUAGGUAAAUGUAUUUUCAGAGAACUGGUGCAGUAGUUGAUUUAAAAAUCAUUUUUAAAAUGAAUAAUAACAUGAUUUAAGGGGCGGUAGUAAUUAAGAUUAAUUGAAUACCGGGACGUUGUCUCCCUCUGGUGGAGGCAAUAUUUAAACCGUCAAAGCGCUCGGGGUGUUGAGGUGUUCACACUGGUACAAUAAAUCUCAAAGUGAUGCACCAAAUUGUUUUUGACUAUUUGAGUUAAGAGUGAUUUUAACCUCUGUUUUUACUAUUAGAUCGACGUGUUCCAGAGAUUCGUGACGUCUCGUUGUGCUUAGAACUGGCAUUAUGACGUUACAUUGUAUGUUCCAGAGCAUUCUUUACAUUCUUCAUGAAUAUUUACAGUGUUUUAGCUCGCUUAUUUUAUCUAAGAAAAAUGAGUUCAGCAUUUACAAAUAUACGCGGUCCUCGUCCAUCGGUCAACUCGCCGUAAGUAGCCUAUUUUUAUGAAUAUUUUCGCAUCAUAAAUAUUAAAUUACUGUUAAAGACGCGCUAACCUAAAUGUCAGUGUGUGUAUAUAUAAUCUCUCUUAUUAUUUUUUUCUUAUGAAGGGAGAUGAACAACAGGUCGAAGCUUAAAAAGCUGUGGACUCGUCCGAUGCAGAAAGAGGCAACCUGCCUUUUCCCUCCGCUGGGACCCAAACCAAAACCACCGACUCGACAGCCUACCACAUCCACCCAACCGAAUGGUGGCUCUCUGCGUCAUCCCAGUGUUAAGCCCCAGGUCAGUAACCUGGUGAUCCAUCAGAUGAGUCUCUCCAAAGUGAAGCCAAGCACCUCUAAACCGAGUCACCCUCUAAAGGGCAUCUCUGGCAAGGACAAAGUGGAACCACUAAGUCCCAAAGAUGCACUGACGCUUUAUGGACAAAAGCUAACGGACUUUGAGCGGAAUGAGAUAAUGGCAUACCCGGAGAUCUGGUACCUUGGCCUGAAAGCAGAAAAGAUUGCAGGGUCCAUUUACAAUGGCUGUAACUCUGGUUAUGAUAAUGAGGGUGGCCAUUACAUUAAGGUUGUUCACGACCACAUCGCGUAUCGUUAUGAGGUGCUGGAUGUGAUUGGCCAAGGCACCUUUGGCCAAGUGCUUAAAUGUCUGGAUCACAAGACCAAUGAGAUGGUUGCUCUGAAAAUAGUACGCAGCAAUGAACGGAUUAAUAAAUUAGCCAUGGUGGAGGUGCAGAUUUUGGACAUGCUGCGCGAGAAAGACAAAGAUAACUCUAACAAUGUCGUCCACAUGAAGGAGUUCUUUGUCUUCCGCAACCAUCUCUGCAUUACCUUCGAGCUUUUGGGACCAAGCUUGUAUGAUCUCCUUAAAAAGAGACAUCAUCAGGGUUUCUGCAAGAUGCUAGUCCACCGCUUUGCCUGCUCAUUGCUGGAGUGCCUGCAGAUGCUUCACAAUGAGAAGAUCGCCCAUUGUGACCUCAAACCUGAGAACAUUCUGCUGUGCCCAGGUGACCACUUUGACACCAAGGUGACUGAUUUUGGAUGCAGCAGCUAUGAGAAUGAGAGAGUUUUGACCUAUGUUGGAAGCCGAUGGUACCGUGCACCAGAGGUGAUCCUACGUCAGCCAUAUGACACUGCCAUAGAUAUGUGGAGCUUUGGCUGUGUCAUAGCAGAGCUGUUCACUGGCCGGCCAGUCAUCACUGGGAAAAAUGAGUUGGAUCAGCUGGCUUCCAUUAUGGAGGUGCUUGGUGUGCCACCUACUGAUUUGACUGAAGAAUCAGAAAUUUGGGAGAAGUACUUUGAUUCAAAGGGGAUGCCCAAGAUAGUGGUCUUUCCUAAAAGACAUCCCAGAUCUAGACCUCUGGCCAGUGUUCUGAGGACCACUGAUCCAAACUUCUUGGACUUUUUGAGGCGCUGCCUGACGUGGGAUCCAAAGAAGCGCAUGACCCCAGAGGAGGCCAUGCAGCAUAAAUGGAUCGUGGAUGGCUGCAUUAAAAAUCCCCGCCAGCAGCGACGUGAACAGAAGCACAGCACUGGCAAGAAUAUCACUGAGAUUCCCCUUCUCAAAACUGCUGAAAACGGCCGUUUACAGCAGCAGGUUAAGAAAGACCUGAUCAACAAUGAGGGGCCAUCAAAGAAAGUUGUGCCGGUCCCUGACUCUGGUCAAUUGGCAGGACCUUCCUGUGAGCCAAAGCAGGGACAACCACAAAAAAUAUGUCCCAGGAAUGGUUUAUUGAAGCAAUGGACCAGCAAGCGUCCAUCAAAGCCCAAGCCAUGA